GCAUGUUUUUGCAGCCGAAAAAAUGGCCCGAGGAGAUGUUCUAUCAAGUUGGGAAAAACGAUCGGCUCAUAUUCCAGUGAUAGUGGAUCCAGCGAAGAUUCCAAAACAAAGCAGAAACCAUUCUCCUGUGGAUAAAGAAAAUAAAGCUGUAGAAAAUGAUAAUUCGCCUCGAAAUACCUUAUCUCCCGAAGAAGCUCAUCCAGCCUGCCGUUCAGCUUCACCUAGCAUCUGCUCGAAUAAAUCGAACACGGUUCUACACGACAUUAAAAACUACCCCUUAGCCAUACCCCAGGAACGCCAACAGAAAACGAAUACUUACAACGCCGACGAACCCAUCCUUAGUGACGUUUUCACCAAUGAAUUAGUCGCCAAAAAUCUACGUCUCAGUAACCAAAAACAUCACCGUUUACCCGACGCCGUUGAUAACAUCUUAUACAACGCUUUACAAAUGAAACGAGACUCAAAUCCAGGCCUAGCUUUGGACGUAGAUCCGUCAUCAUCGGCAAUAGGCUGCAAAGUAUUUCACUCUCCAGGACCAACUCAGUGCAGCAAACUGAAAGUAUUCCGACCUAAAACCGCAGCUUCGCUAGGAAAAGAAAUCAAACAUUGCGAAGAAGAAAACAACAGACCAAAAACAACUUCCAGAUUGAAAAAGAAAUGCAAACCUUUAUCCGAAAUGGACUUAGCCAUUUAUUGGGAUAUUCCAGCUUCAUCGGAAUUGAAAAAUUCCUCCAAUACGGCUCCAGCUGUAUUCGCUGUUGUACCCGCCGAUGAUUAUAGAAAAGAAAUAAACGACGCCGAAGUACCGUCUUUAUACGGUAGUGAUAAUAGUUCCGAAGGUAAAGCGGCUGUAUCCAAAAAACAAACCGCUCAUACGAAUCCUUCGGCUGUAAUGGACGUGGUGAAUGUUGAAUCGAGUUCGUCACCUUGUCCUCGAAUCAACGAACGAGAUAAAAAAGAUAUCUCGCCACCGUCCAGCGAAUUUAGUAAAUUAUCCAAGAGACAUAUCAGCACGCCGUCUUUACAUUCGCAAAAAUCUGACGAAAAAAUCGAACCACUAGGUGCAGAUAAACGACAAGAUUCCGGUAUCAAAUCGAUGAAAUCAUUGAGUCCACCAAUCUGUUGGAACGGUAACCAAAAACGCAGCAAAAGUUCGCCCAAUUUAGCCAACGUGGGUGUUCAAGUAGAUGGCACUAAGUUCGGAAGGCCUUGCGUGGCCUGUGACUUGAAACGAGUCAAAAGCUCGAAUAGAAUAAACGUCGAUAAAAGCGAAGAAUACAAAUGCGCUUUUAAAGCUGGAAAACUAAAUAAUUACAAAAUAGAUCAACAAGUCUUCGAAAGAAUGCAUAGAUCGAAGAAUCUUCGAGUGCCAAAACCCAAGGUUCCUUUCGCCAAGAAAAAUUAUUCCAUUGGGACACUAGCUCCGCCGUUUUCCAUCUGGCCCAAGACAGCAGGGCACGAUUAUCCGGAUCACUGGAGACUGGCUUCUGUUUAUCAACAUUCGUAUAAACCUUUGGAAGCACGCAAAGCUCCGUUAAUCAAGACCGUGUUCCAGUAGUGAUAAAUAAGGCUGACUUUUUUUUGGUUCUCGUGUUCGAGAUACACCGGCAUCUUUCGCGAAUAAUAUUAAAAAGCAACUUCGAUUGGCUUAUUUUGAAAUGUUGUGCAAUUUCAAGUGCAAUAAAUUAUUGAUAGUAUUUUAUGAUUUCA